UAAUGGAAUCUUUGUUAUCUUCAACACGUGUACUGAAAUCCCAUAGAGAAUCUGUGUUGGAUAACACAGUUGAAGUUUCAAGGUGUCUCAACUCUCAAACCCAGUAGUACAUUGAACAAUCCUUAAUUCAUAAAGUGGUUUCAUCUGGACAUAACCAUAUUUCAGGUAUUUUUUUUCUCUCAUCUCUUUAGUUUUUUCUUCAAAAUGUUAAUUAGUCCUUGAGCUUUGCUGAACCACACCAAGAACAAAAAAAACACACACACACACACAAAAAGAGUUGUCAAUGACAAAAAUUUCCACUGAUUUUUGGCCUCAGACCCUGCCUUUCAUCAUCCCACUGAAACCCACCUCACAUUCACAUCAAAGCAGCGUUUUUGUGAGUUGUGGAGUCCCUAACCCCAAUGACAACAGUAACAGCUCCAGAAACCCACCAAAGGUCUGGGUUUCUGCUAAAACAAGGCCAACCCAUUUGCAAAAUGUUGAUUUCAAAGAGUCCCAUUUGAUGAAAGUACUCAAUAGGUCCUGCAAAGCAGGCAAGUACAAAGAGUCACUCUACUUUCUUGAGUGCUUGGUUAACAAGGGUUACAAACCUGAUGUUAUACUUUGUACAAAGCUCAUUAAAGGCUUCUUCAAUUAUAGAAAUAUCCCAAAAGCCAUAAGGGUUAUGCAAAUCUUGGAAGAACAUGGUGAACCAGAUGUUUUUUCUUAUAAUGCAUUGAUUAGUGGGUUUUGUAAGGCUAAUCAGAUUGUAUCUGCAAACAAAGUGCUCGAUAGAAUGAAACGUAGGGGAUUUUUGCCUGAUGUUGUUACCUAUAAUAUAAUGAUCGGGAGUCUUUGUAGUAGGGGAAAGCUUGACUCAGCUUUGAAGGUUUUGGAUCAGUUAAUGAAAGAUAAAUGUGAGCCAACUGUGAUUACUUACACAAUUCUGAUUGAGGCAACCAUCCUUGAGGGUGGGAUUGAUGAAGCUAUGAAGCUUUUGGAUGAGAUGCUAUUGAGAAGGCUUCGACCUGACAUGUAUACUUACAAUGCAGUCAUUAGGGGGAUGUGCAAGGAAGGUAUGGUGGAUCGUGCUUUUGAGUUUGUUCGGAGUUUAAAAUCCAAGGGUUGUGAGCCUGAUGUGGUCUCAUACAAUAUUUUGUUAAGGGUACUUUUGAAUCUCGGGAAAUGGGAUGAGGGAGAGAAACUACUUGCUGAGAUGUAUUCAAGAGGUUGUGAGCCGAAUGUUGUUACUUACAGCAUUCUAAUUAGCUCCCUUUGUCGUGAUGGGAAAGUUGAGGACGCUGUAAAUGUGUUGAAGGUCAUGAAGGAAAAGGGGUUAAGACCAGAUGCUUAUAGUUAUGAUCCGUUGGUGUCUGCAUUCUGUAAAGAAGGGAGAUUGGAUUUGGCUAUUGAAUUCUUGGACCUCAUGAUCACUGAUGGUUGCUUGCCAGAUAUUGUGAACUACAACACAAUCUUGGCCACUUUAUGUAAGAAUGGAAAUGCUGACCUGGCUUUGGAAAUCUUCGAGAAGCUAGGGGAAGUAGGUUGUCCUCCCGAUGUGAGUUCUUACAACACAAUGUUCAGUGCACUAUGGAAUUGUGGGGACAGAGCUAGGGCUCUGGGAAUGAUAUCGGGGAUGGUGAACAAAGGGAUUGAUCCUGACGAGAUCACUUACAAUUCACUAAUAUCGUGUUUGUGCAGAGAUGGGAUGGUAGAUGAAGCAAUUGGGUUGUUGGUGGAUAUGGAAAGCAGUGGGUUCAAGCCGACAGUUAUCAGUUAUAACAUUGUUAUUCUUGGAUUGUGUAAGGCUCAUAGAACUGGUGAUGCCAUUGAAGUGCUCGCAGCAAUGGUUGAAAAGGGAUGCCAGCCAAAUGAAACUACUUACAUUAUGUUGGUUGAAGGGAUUGGUUUUGCGGGAUGGCAAGUUGAAGCUGUGGGUUUGGCUAAUUCCCUUAUCAGUUUGAACGCUAUAUCUGAAGAUUCAUUGAAACGGUUGAACAAGACCUUUCCCAUGUUUGAUGUUUACAAAGAACUCACCUUGUCUGACAUUAAGAAUUAGUUUCUGCUGAUCUACUUUGCUUAUAAUCCAAUCUCAUUAAUAGGGCAUUGUGAAUGGGAUCUACUUUCCCAUGGUUAUUUUCUCUGUUGUAUUAUUUUUUCAGAUAGACAAUCAUGAAAGGCGAAGAAACAAAUUUAUGUCAAUGGGGUGUACUGAUAGCAAAAAUACUGAAUGUUAAACUCAUUCAUAUGAAAAGUCAGCCUGACAACUUGAGUUCUAACUGGCCAGUUGACAUAAUGAGAAAUGUGAGUUAAAGGUGAAGUAGACUUGCAGACGAAGCAAAAAGGAAGGAAGAAAAUUGGAGAAGGAUAUUAUCAGAUUAAGCAGAAAGACUUUUGACUUAAAAAAGUUUUGCAUAUUUGACAGGCAAAUCACCACAUACGUUCAAUUUUGGAGGCACGACUGAUAGACAGCUUUACAAAAUGACACGGAAGAAGAACGAUGAUGUAUAUCGUAUUUUAAUGUGUUAAAAUUUCUAUUUAUGUACUUUUGUGAAUCUUACGAAGUACUUUGCAUUGUCUUCUGUAUCUGUAAUCAAAUAUUCCAGAGCUGAUUGCAUGAAUUAUUUCAUUCAGUGGUGCUGACUGGCCAAAACUCAAUUUCACUCA